CUUCCGGCCAGAGCCGUUUCCGGCGCGGUUGCAGAACGCCGCUCUGGUUCCCUGGGUCGAAGUGAGCGCCGCGGUCGCCGUGGGGAGCUUGGCGUGGUCGCACGCGUGUUAUCAUGUGGCGGCUGCUGGCUCGCGCCUGCGCGCCCCUCUUGCGAGCGCCUUUGUCAGAUUCUUGGGCAGCCCCGUCCGCCACUGCUGGCUUCAAGACGCUGCUCCCGGUGCCAACUUUUGAAGAUGUUGCCAUUCCUGAAAAGCCGAAGCUUAGAUUUGUUGAAAGGGUACCACUUGUGCCGAAAGUGAGAAGAGAACGUAAAAACCUGAGUGACAUACGGGGACCUUCCACUGAAGCCACUGAGUUCACAGAAGGCCGCUUUGCAAUCUUGGCGCUGGGUGGCGGUUACCUCCACUGGGGGCAUUUUGAAAUGAUGCGCCUGACAAUCAACCGCUCUAUGGACCCCAAGAACAUGUUUGCCUUGUGGCGAGUACCAGCCCCUUUCAAGCCCAUCACCCGCAAGGGCAUGGGACAGCGGAUGGGGGGCGGCAAAGGUGCCAUCGAUCACUACGUGACUCCUGUGAAGGCCGGCCGCCUCAUCGUAGAGAUGGGCGGGCGUUGUGAAUUCAAAGAGGUACAAGGUUUCCUCGACCUAGUUGCCCACAAGUUGCCCUUCCCCGCGAAGGCUGUGAGCCGUGAGACUCUAGAAAAGAUGCGGAAAGAUCAAGAGGAACGAGAACGGAACAACCAAAACCCCUGGACCUUUGAGCGCAUCGCCACUGCCAACAUGCUGGGGAUACGGAAGGUGCUGAGCCCCUACGACCUGACCUACAAGGGGCGGUACUGGGGCAAGUUCUACACGCCUGAGCGUGUGUAGUGAGGACAUGACGAGGACAGAUACACAGGCUAAGAGAGGGAAUCUACCUCUUUAUUCCUCUCAGCCAGUCCUUAAAGUCUCUGGGUAGCUCUGAUGUCAUAACCAAGGAGCAGCAUAUGAUAGAUGUUUUCUGAAAAACUGUACAUUAUCUGUCGUUUUUAUUAUUAAAGUACAUUAUAUUUAUGUUAAA